GCCCCUGCUAGCAAGGAUGACACGCACAUGGAUGACAAGCACCCGCCGAAUGCAGAAGCUUCUGCCGGUGAAACCGCAGAGGAAAUGUUGGAGAGGUUGCAGGAUGAGCUCAACGCUGCUCCAACUACCACUGCAGCACCGAAAGCAGCGGCUCAGGGCUCAGAGUUUCUGAGCGUCAGUGGUGCCUCGACUAGCACCGUGGUUGGUGGCGCCCAAGCGGGUGCUUUGGUUGAAGGGCCGACGGUGUUCGACGAGUGGUUGUCCUUGAAACUGGCGAUGGUGAACAUCAUGUACAGCGUGAAGAACCUCGAGAAGCUGCAGAUCUACGACACCCUGUUGGUUCCCCGACUGCACUUGGUCCUACGGUUGCUCGGCGAGAAGAUGGUCAGAGGACCACCGCCAGCUUCACCGCAGAAGAUGGAUGGAGUGAGUAGUGGAAGUGGUGGCCAACCGCCACCGCCUCCGCCGCUCCCUGCCGAAGAGAUGAAUGUGAAUUCUCAAGGCCUGGGACUGGGCCAACCUACCUCCAAGAGUGGGGGCGGGAAGGUCAACGUUAAGUCGUUGAAUGGACCAAGCCCGGGCGCUUCAGCAAACAAAGCUCAGCAUGAUGGUGCUGACCAAGGCGACAAGGCUGGGAAACCAGCUGGGGGGUCAGGCAUCACAGCGGCUAAUGCGGGAUCAGUUACGUCGUCAAUGGCGUGCAAAUUUUGGGGCACUGAGAACGGCUGCCGCAAGGCGGACCAAUGUCGGUAUGUUCACUCGGUCUUGAAUCCGAAGGACAACCGCUGUUUCAAGUGUUCCGCUGUGGGGCAUUCUAAGAAGGAUUGCCCGGUGGGGAAAAAGAAGAUUGCCAAGACAAAGGUUGAAAAGGAUCAUGCCAGUAGUUCUGCAUCCGCUGCCAAGGGCGGUGCGGAAACUGCAGUGAAGGCUGAGCCAAGUCGUCACACCACGUACCGUGAAGAAGGUACUCCGACUAAACCGUUGGAAGACAAGGAGGGUGUGGACGAUAUGGUGCAGGAUUGCAAAUCCGUUUUGAAGGUGAUCGUGCCGGUCAUGAAGACCAUCUGUGCCAAGGGGGCCUUGUGUAAGGCUGCCAGCGAGAUGAUUGAGCAAUCUGCUCGAGAGUGGCAAAAGGGAUGGCCUCCUGGAAUAGAAAUACUCACGGUCGAUACGGCCGACAGUGAUCAACAGAAUCUUCACCGACCAGAGGUUUGGGCCUUUCUCGCACAUGUGGUGCGAACUCACCCAAUCGUGGCAAUCAUUGGCGGCCCACCAUGUCGAACAGUAAGUCGCUUACAAGCCCUUCAGUCUGGACUGCGACCACUGAGAGAUCGGUGUGAGCACAGGUUCGGACUCCCAGGGCUGAGUGACCAAGAACAACACAAGGUGGAUGGAGACAGUGCUCUUCUGCUAAAACAGGUUGGGUUACACCGACUGGCCGAGGAAUCCAAAACGGAUGACAAUCCGAGGGUGGGAUUCUUUUUGGAGUCGCCGGAAGACCCUGCCGUGUGGGCGAAUGAAGCGAAUUCUCCAACCUUUUGGGUAUGGCCGGAAGUCACUCAACUCCUAGAACAACCUGACAUGCGGUUGAUAUCGUUUGAUCAGGGUCGGUACGGACAUGAGAGGGUGAAACCAACCUCUUGCUUGUCCAAUCUUCCGUUUUUGGAGGAUCUGGAUCAAGCGCGCUGUGAAAGACCGCAUGGAAAGGUCUUGCAUCCAGAAAUUCCAGAGAGGGUCAAACAGACCGAUGAUUGGUCUGCAUGGGCCCCGGGACUCAAACACGCCCUGAGGGAUCACCAACCUCCGCUCCAAGAGCCGCCCACGGAAGUGGUGGAAGCGCCAGAUUGGGGGGAGGGUUUGGAGGAAUCUGAGUUCCCAUUGGAGGGAGAAGAAGAAUCUGGGUCACCAGAGCUCGGCGACGAAGUUGCCAAGGCGUCCCACGAUCCAGCCAAUGCUCCGGGGGCUGACCCUGAAAUUGGGGGGGAGGCAUCCCAUCAGAAGUCAGGUGACUGGGUUGAUGAGGAGAUCAGCAAGUGCAGCCGACCUCUGCUUUACCUGCGGAAUGCUGGGUUUACAAACGAUGAGUGGCCCACCGCUCUCCGGUACUCGGCCGAAGAGAGAAUGAGGGUCCAAUUGAGUGCCCUGGGCGUCACCAUGAUGCCCAUGCUUCCGUAUGGUGCCUCUGUGGUUGUGAAAAGGAAACGAUGGCAUUCCCCUGGAGUACUUGCUCCUCCGUAUGUCAAUGCCACGCUUCUCACUGCUAGCCCCAAUAUGAGUCAAGGUUGGGUCGUGCGGUCGGAAGCGGGGCAGGUGCUCCAUGUAAGAGAGGCCAUUCUGCCUGCAUCCCUGGGAGAGCAGGUUGCCAUGGAAUUGCGGGAAGAAUCGGCUGAUUUGCCGCAACUGGAAGAAAGAGAUGACAAUGGAGCGGUAGCGGAACCCUCACGACGAAGGCUCGUGGGUAAACAGCCGCCGUCCAACCGGUCAGGGAUCGCUUUGCCAGACCGCGAAGCUUAUGGUCCUGUUCAACAGUUGGUUGUAGACUCAACCGUCAACAGGGAUGACUUUGAACAAACGGGGGAGGCUCCAGCGCAAUUAGGCUUUCUACCAGCCGAGUUGCCAGCGGAUGCGCCUUACUCUCCUAGUUUGGGCCCUGAAGACACUGCAGACCUCGAGCUCCCGGAGGUUGCCUCUGGGGGGAGGGUCUCGGCACUCGAGCUUCCGGAGGUUGCCUCCGGGGGGGAGUCUCUUUCGGCGCUGAAUGUGCCUGACUUGGAAAAAAUUAUAGUGAGAAAAAUCCGCAAGGAACAAGCGGAAGGGGUUCUGUUGGGAAGCCACAAUCGGCUUCUGAUGGGUUUGAGUGAAGCAUUGAGACGGGUCCCAACGAGUGAACAGGAGGGACUGGAAUACGGAAAACAGCUCCGUUACAUGCUUCAAGAUCGCCUGGAGCUGGAAGAAAUGCUCCAAGUGUUGUCAAAACUGCAAAAGGCGGACAUGAUUCGACUGUGCGGACUGAGAACCGAUGAACCACUAAGGAACACUGAGGUCGGUGAACGAGAGCCUGAGAACCAAGACUUCUUGCCUGAUGUGGUCGCUGGUGCCGAGUUGGAAUGGCGCGAGACGGAGACCGCUGACGAGCUCAAGGUGAAGGCCGCUACGGUAGUUUCUUCCUUGAAAAAAUGGGUCAAUGUGCCCAUCGUAGGUGAGGUGACCGAAAAGGUCAAGGCUUUUGUAGCUGUGGUUUUCACUUUGGUGGUGAUGUCAUUGGUUGUACGGCUGAAGAGAUUGGAGAAUCCGGGCUGCCCCGGGUCGUUCAGAACUUGCGCAUUGCGUUUGCGCGACGCCAUGGCAAGCACGACUGGUGAUGGAGCUGGAGGAGAUGAACCUGACGAAGAUCGGCCGGACAAGUCCUGGGUGAAGGGCGACUAUGAGCCGGAGCCUUCGAAGAAGAAAAAAAAGAAGAAGAAGAAGGGCAAAGGGCACCGACAUGAAGGUGAAGGGGAAACUGCGGAGGAUCAGUUGGAGUCCUUCAAGAGAGCAAAAAAGGAGGAGCCAACCCCCGUCGCAGUACCUGCUGAGACCCGCUCCGAACCUUCGGCAGACACCGACGAUGACUGGGGAAAGUGGAGAGGAAAUAGAAGGGACCAAGAGCCAACUGAAGCGCCUGAAGCUCCGGAAGCUGCUCCAGGAACGCCAGUGGUGAUCUUGGGAGAAGCGGUGCCUACCACACCACCGCUAUACCCCUUGGUUGAUGCUGCUGGACAUGGUAGCUUCAGGCCCCCGGAACCAAAGAAUCCGCCGAGGACUUCUGCUCUACGGCAACAGCUGCUGGGCCGACAACAGAUGUUGGACCGACUACGGACGCUGGGCCGACAACAGAUGACGGACCUUCGAGCUCCAGAAGCUCGAUGCACCUUCCUGGGCAUUUGGUGUCCUACUCAGUGCGAGGUUUUGGCAGAAGCUUCACCUGAUCGGUCCGAAGAGCAUGAAGAGUGGACAGGGGAUCCAGCUGGGUCCAAUGAAGAGCCUGAGGAGGAGGUGCCGCCAGAAGUUCCUUCGGAGAAGGAACAAUCAGAAGAUCGAUCCGACAAGGAUCGUGAGAAAAAGGAGAAGAAAAGGAAAAAGAAAAAAGAGGAGGAGAUCGAGAGGUUGCCGGUCGUCGAAAGAGGACCACGUGAUCCACCACCAGAUCCUCCUGCACCUGCUUUGAAGCUGGCCGCGCUGAGGAUGCCAUGCAACACUGGCCGCGACGAAGGUCAUGGUCGACGUCAGCAGGGAGAAGAAGGCCAAGCCGAUGAAGAGGAACCCUGGGAACGUGCUGAGUUCCAACAGCCGCCCUCGGGAAAGAAGGAUGGAUGGACGCCACAGCUGAAGGGCUGGGUGAUGAGAAAACAUGGAACCAUGCGAGAGCGAAGGUUCCACCCGCUGCACCGUGGUGUUCCAUUCGACCCCAACUGCUUGGAAGCGCUGUGGGUGACCGUAGCCUUUGGACAGGACGGUCGAAGAACUGUCCACCGAGAUCGAUGGUCGGAUGGACCUAGGGAUCUCUUUCCCACCAAGGAGUCUUGGAGGGGCUUCACGUUCUUCAAGCUGAAGAGCCUGGAGGGAAACCAGGACGGUAUCGGACAGGUACCUCGCUACCAUGCGGGGGAAGAUGGUCCUUUACCGUAUGUGCCAACUCAGGAACCUUUUGGGCCUACAACGACUUCGAGCUCUACCUCGAAUGCUGCGGCGGAACCUUCGAGCUCUACCUCGAAUGCUGCUGCGGAACCUUCGAGCUCUACGGCUGCGGCUGCUGCUUCUGGCGCUGUUCUGCGCUGGGGCUACCGCCGAGGAGGCGCUGCUGAGAGGGGCCGAGUAGUUGUACAGGCUGGUUCUCAGACCCCGCGACCUCCUGCCAAUGCCGAAGAAACUAGCGGCGAGUGGAGCGUCAUAGAGGAGGCCCCUGCUAGCAAGGAUGACACGCACAUGGAUGACAAGCACCCGCCGAAUGCAACUGGGCAUUUGGCUCAAGACCUGAGGCCUGAAAAAAGGUACAAGCUGUUGCUUGGCGGCCGACUCUGCCGCAAAGGUAGUAGCCGUUCAAUACCCCACCAUGUCUGGAUG